AUGGCCGAAGCCAUGGAACUGACGCUCAUUGACAUGGUCAAGGUCAAGACGACCCUGCCGGCGCCGUACCUCCCCGUCGCCGCGCGCCCGCCGCACGAGACGCCGCGUCUUCUGCUACGGUCCUUUACCGCCGACGACCUCGCGCAGUACCACGAGCUUCGCACGCAGCCCGAGGUCAUGAUCUUCACCGCGCAGGGGCGACCCGACGCCUCGCCGGCCGAGACGCAGGCCAAGCUCGACAACUUUCUCUCGCCCGCCGGCGACGACGUCUACGUGUUGGCGGUGCUGGAGCGCGCGACCGGUACGCUCGUCGGCACCAUCGGCUCGCAUAUCCGCGCCGACCUGCUCGGCUGGCCCGCGCUCGGCUACAUGCUGCGCAAGGAGGCCUGGGGUAAAGGCUACGCGACCGAGAUGCUGCGCGGCUUCCUCGAGUUGUACUGGUCGCUGCCGCGCGGGGAGGCGCUCGUGGAGCUGGCGGCGGACUCGAGCACCGUGCCGCCGUCCGCGGCGGCGCGGGCGCAGGCCGCGGGGGAUGAAAUUGUGACGGUGCCGGAGCAGAUUGCGGCUAUCACGCUCGACUCGAAUGUCGCGAGCCAGAAUGUGCUGCUCAAGACUGGCUUCAAGCUGGUCAAGAAGUGCAUAGACCUGGAGAACCCGCCGUUGCUGCCGCUGUGCUUUAUGUACUCGUUAGAGAGACCGCAAAAUUAG